AUGGUCUCAUCCGUUAAAUCAUCAUUGUUUUUAUUAAUUUUCUUUUUAUAUUUAAAAAAAAAUGUUAUAUGUUCUAUAAAUGAUAAUGUAAAUGAAAAUAUAACUGAAGGGUUAGAUGAAUAUGAAUUUGGAAAUGAAAAUAUAAAUGAAAGCAUAACUGAAAAUGUAAAUGUAAAUGUAACUGAAAAUGAAAAAGAUAAUUUAAUUUAUAAUGAUGAUAAUAAUAAUAUUGAAGAGUUAAAAUCCAUGAUUGGAAAUGAUGAAUUACAUAAGAAUUUAAGCAUACUUGAAAAACUUAUUUUAGAUUCUUUGAAAAAGGAUAAAUUAAAACUCCCCUUAAUAAAAGAAGGAACUGAAGAAUAUUUGGAUAUAUCUAAAUUUAAAAAAAAAAUAUUAACUGAUUCUGAUGAUAAAACAUAUAUUUUACCGACAUUGGAAUCUAGUUUUUAUGAUAUUACAAAAUAUGAACACAUAUUAAAAGAACAAUUAAUAGAAGAAUAUAAUUCAAAAAUAUCUGAUGCAGUAAAGAAAAAACUACUCAUUGUAAGAACAUUGAAAACUAUAAAAUUAAUGCUUAUACCAUUAAAUGCAUAUAAAGAAAAGAAUGAUUUGAAAAUUGCACUAGAAGAAUUAAAUAAUGUAAUCACACAUAGAACAUAUGAAACACUAAAAAAAAGUCCAAUUGAGAAUCCUGGAGAGUUUUUUAGGAAAUUGUUAACUCAUGUUAAAGAAGUUAAAGAAUCAAAAGAGAUAGAAAAUAAGGGAGAGUAUUUAAUUUUAGGAAAUGAUAAAAUUGAAAUAAUGGAUGCACACGAUUUCUUUUUUACAACGAAUAGUAAUAUAAAAUUCAUGGAAACAUUAGAUAGUAUAUCAAAUCAAUAUGGAUUGGGUUUAAUUAAUGAUCUGGGUCCUCAUUUAAUAGCCUUGGGACAUUUUAUGGUAUUAAAAUUAGCACUAAAAAAUUAUAAAAAUUAUUUCGAAGCAAAAAAUACAAAAUUUUUUAGUUGGCAAAAAAUUUUAGAGUUCAGUUUAACAGAUCGAUUUAAAAUUCUUGAUAUGAUGUGUGAUCAUGAUGUUGUAUAUUAUUCUCAAGACAAACGUAGAAAAACGUAUUUAAAUGUAGAUACAUCGGGGUCAUCAAUGGAAUGUAAUAUAUUAGAGUUUUUAAUUCAUUAUUUUAAUAAAUACCAGUUAGAAAUAAUUAAAGCUACUCAAGAUACGGAUUUUGAAUUACAUGGUAUGAUGGAACAUAAGAAUAUAAAAGAUUAUUUCUUCUCAUUUAUGUGUAAUGAUCCUAAAGAAUGUAUUAUUUAUCAUACGAACCAAUUUAAAAAAGAAGCAAAGGAAGAAAACACGUUUCCUGAAGAACCGAAUCGUGAAAUAAGUGCUUAUAAUUUAUACUUAAAUUAUUAUUAUUUCAUGAAACGUUAUAGUUCAUAUGGAAUAAAAAAAACAUUAUAUGUUCAUUUAUUAAAUUUAACUGGACUUUUAAACUAUGAUACAAGAUCAUAUGUGACAUCUCUCUAUUUACCAGGAUAUUACAACGUCGUUGAAAUGUCCUUUACGGAAGAUGUUGAGUUCACAACCCUGUUUAAUAAUUUACUAAAAUGUAUUAAAAAGUGUCAUAAGGAAGAAACCAACACAAAUACUUCAUUGAUGGACAGUAAUUCAUCACAUAAUUAUUUCCUACAUGAGAUAACAAAGUGUGAUUUAUGUAAAGGGGCAUUUCUAUAUUCAAACAUGAAAUUUGAGGAAGUUCCUUCGAUGCUACAAAAAUUUUACAUAUAUUUAACUGAAGGUCUAAGAAUUCAAAAAGUAUCAUUUUUAAUGAAAACCUUAGAUAUAUAUCAAGAUUACAGCAAUUUUUUGUCUCAUGAUAUAAAUUGGUAUACGUUCUUAUUUUUAUUUAGACUAACAAGUUUUGAAGAAAUUUCAAAAAAAAGUGUAGGUGAAGCCAUGUAUUUAAAUAUACAAGACGAGGAUUCUUUCCAUAAAACCAUUACAACGAAUUAUUGGUUUCCUUCCCCUAUAAAAAAAUAUUAUACUUUAUAUGUUAGAAAACAUCUUCCAAAUAAUUUAUUAGAUGAGUUAGAGAAAUUGAUGAAAAGUAGUACCUUAGAAAAAAUGAAAAAAUCUAUAAACUUUUUAGUUCAUGUGAACUCAUUUUUACAAUUAGAUUUUUUUCAUCAACUUAAUGAACCACCUGUAGGAUUACCACGUUCAUAUCCAUUAUCAUUAAUUCUUGAACAUAAAUUUAAAGAAUGGAUGAAUAGUUCGCCAGCUGGUUUUUAUUUUUCAAAUUAUCAUAAUCCUUAUAUAAGAAAAGAAUUACACCGUAAAGUAUUGACGGAAAAAUUUGAGCCACCUAAAAUGAAUAAAUGGAAUGAGGUUUUGAAGUCAUUAAUAGAAUGUGCAUAUGAUAUGUAUUUUGAACAAAGACAUGUCAAAAAUUUAUAUAAAAAUCAUAAUAUAUAUAAUAUUAAUAAUAAGAUAAUGUUAAUGAGAGAUUCAGUUGAUUUAUAUAAAAAAAAUUUUAAGGAUGUUAUAUUUUUUGCUGAUAUAUUUAAUUUAAGAAAAUAUUUAACAGCUACACCCCUAAUAAAAAAAACAUGGGAUAGAAUGUAUUAUUUUAUUUAUAGGAAUACUGGAAAUUCUGUAAAUUUUUAUAAAUAUGGUAUUAUAUAUGGAUUCAAAAUAAAUAAAGUAUAUUUGAAAGAAGUUGUUGAUGAAUUAUAUUCAAUAUAUAAUUUUAAUACAGAUAUAUUUUCAGAUACUUCUUUCUUACAAACGGUAUAUUUGCUCUUUAGAAAAAUUGAAGAUAGUUACAGGACGCACAGAAGAAACGACCAUAUAGGUGUGAAUAACAUUUUUUUCAUGAAUGUUGCAAAUAAUUAUUCCAAAUUAAACAAUGAAGAAAGAGAAAUGGAAAUACACAAUUCAAUGGCAUCAAGAUAUUAUUCCAAAACUAUGUUUGCUGCUUUUCAAAUGUUAUUUUCAACUAUGUUAAGUAACGAUGCAAAUAAUCUUGAUAAAGUAUAUGGAAAAAGUAGUAAUAUACAGGUAGCAACAAGUACCACUGCAUUUCUUACAUUUGCUUAUGUAUAUAACGGAAGUAUAAUGGAUAGUUUAACAAAUAGAUUAUUACCACCAUAUGCAAAAAAACCAAUAACACAAUUAAAAUAUGGAAAAACAUUCGUUUUUUCAAAUUAUUUUAUGUUAGCCUCACAAAUAUAUGAAAUGUUAAAUUAUAAAAAUUUAAGUCUUUUGUGUGAAUACCAAGCAGUUGCUAGUGCCAAUUAUUACUCUGCUAAAAAAUUAGGACAAUUUGUUGGCAGAAAAUAUUUCCCUCUUACUACUUAUUAUCUAUCUCUCAGAAUUCGUGCAUCAUAUGGUUGGGUGCAUGGUACAGAAACAAAAAUAUGUAAUAGUGAAGGUGUUAGCUGUUCUCGUAAAGGACCUACGCCUGGAAAAUUUUUCUUUAAUUGGAAAUCUGAUGCACCUAUAUAUUUAUAUUUUUACUUUUUCUCUAAUUUAUAUCUUGAUUCUGCAAAAUAUUUUCCUGGAGGAUUUUCUACUUCAUUAAAAGAACAAACUGAACAUGUUUCACAGAAGGGUUUUAAGAAGAAACCAAUGGUUCAUGAACUUACAAAAAAUUUAAUACUGGACGUUACUAAUGGAUUUAUGUAUGCUUUUUGUUUUUAUUCUAUUAUGCCAUUAUAUGCAUAUUUUGAAAAUGUGAAUUUUUAUAUUAUAAGUAAUUUCCGUUUUCUGGAUAGAUAUUAUAAUGCAUUUAAUAAAUACUUUAUAAAUUUUUUCAAAACGAAACUUAAAAAGUAUACUACUGAUGUAUUUAUAAAAUACGAAUACGAUGCAUAUACAAGUAUGAAGAAAUAUGGUUAUCUUAAUGAAGUUAUUGGAUCUAGACUUUCCUCCAAGAAUAGAAUAGUAAAAUAUAUUUAUGAUAGCAACGAUGAUAUUAUGAAUAAUUUAAGACGAUAUGAUAUGGAAAACAGGUUUAGAAAUAAAAUGUCAACAUAUGUGGAUGAAUAUGCUUUUUUUGAUGAUUGUGGAAAAAAUGAAGUGUUUCUAAAUGACAGAUGUGAUUAUUGUCCUAUUGUUGAAGAUUUAUGUGAACCAGAUACAAAAGAAUAUCAACCACAUACUAGUAAUAUCCAAAAGGUAACAGAUAAAAAUACUACAUAUAUUAACUAUGAAAAAUUACAUGAAGAAUCAUACUCACAAGAAACUCAAUCAGAUAAUACCGAUGAUGAAAAGGAUAACGAUUUACCAGAUACUGAAUUGAUGAUUACAAGAUUACAAUAA